GCCUUGACUUUCACUAGAAGCCCUGAUAAACCAACAAUCGUGGUCGAAGGAAUGAACAGCACAGAAGUGGAUCUCAUAUGGGAAAUUCUUCCUGCCAAUGGCGAGGUUGUCCAAAACCUUUUCUUGAUAAGACAGAGGCCGGGGGAUAUCAAGCAAGUCCGAAUUGCAUCUAGGAAAUACAAUAGUCCCUUCAGUCUAGCUGAUGGCUUUGCCAACGAGUACAGAGCAAACCUCCCAGCAACGUUGAGGUUAUUGAAUGUAGACAACACCGAGGAAUAUGUUUACACCCUGCAAGUUAGCUACGACCUAAAUAACGUUCCAGAACGGAUGGAAGACAGUGUGACAGUUAUCGUCCGCGGUAAGUCUAACAAUUUUGCUUUCUUUCUCAGACGAAUCUACAAAUCUGUUACAUAGAUUCACACCAACUGCUUUUCUCGUUUGUCAACCAAUUUUAGGCGAACUUUAUUUCUUCGCCUCUUAAGUUUUCUUGGCAUUCCUUGUCCUUCUUUCUAAGUUAGCUUACUUACUCUUGAAAGCGUCAGCUUAUUAAUGCCGAGGUUUACUGAAGUAUAAAUGCUAUGAAGAUCGCAUGUAAAACUUUCCCUUUCGAGAGGUCAGUACCUUGCCGCUUCCAGGCCUUAUCCGCAGUUUAUUAACUUUUAUAGCAUUUCUAUGUUCAGUGGCUGUCAGGAAAUUCAAAACAGUUCUUCGUAUUGUUGUUUUACUAUUACUUUAUUCUAUGUUGAACACGGUCUCCCAAAAUUGAUUUAACUGAUACUGUGUUUAUAUAAAGUUUGUAUGUUUGUUGGUUACGAAGUUGAUUUGAGAGUAGGUAGUGUAAAAUCCACGCGUAAAGGGACGUACUGUUUAAAGUCGGCAUUCCAUUCAGUAUUAAUUUCAGUUCUCCAGGCUAGGGGUGUCCCUGAAUGAAAUACUCGACAUUGUGUAAUGCAAAACAACGUUGUUUACCACAGUCCUUUUGUUGUAAUCGAUAGAGUGGGAAAACGAUAUUUGUCUUGUUGUUCUGUUUUUGAGACUCUUGGGAGGCUUCCAAAACCACAUUUUAGGGUUUCCUGUGCGCCAUUUUAAAAGACUUUCAAUAUAAACCUCAUUCAGUCGUAACCUUUAGAAUCACGCUAGCCUUUUUUGUCAAUAUCAAGUUUUGAAAGUUCAUAUAAACCCAGUAUUUAAAAUUCUUGUUUGCCUCUUUAAGGUUACAUGGAAGCAGAUAGAUCAAAACGAAUGGUAGUUUUUACUUCAUAAAUGUGUAGUCGUGAAUUGAUUUACAUAAAUCUUCGCACCCAUAUUGUUAGUCACUGUAUAAUCAAGAGACUGCCGUGUCAUGUUCAAUUGUGUUUAAAAUUUGAAUGUCAAAAGAAAUGGUUUAAUGCAUGCAAAAAUACUAAGUAUAUAAAUACUAUUUCGGUGAACUUUUGCCGAUGAGUGUUUUAAGCUACUUAAUCGUUAAGCAGUUUUUAAUUUUAAAAAGUAUUUCAUCGUAGAAUUCGCCAGUUGUAUUUUAAUUCGUUCUCUUAAGACAAUAAUUAACGGAUCGUACAUGUAGCUUUAAUAUGAGGAAAAAAAUUCAAAUUUUGAGCACCUUUUGUUAACCCAAACAAUGGCAGCUUUAUUUCAUUAACGUUUUGCCUUUGUACUGGCUUUUUACAUGCAAUCAAGGAUUAUUUGGGUUUUUUUCUUAACUUUGUUUACUGAAGAUAAUAAAAACAGUUUGGAUUGUAAUGAGAUAUGUUGCUUUUAACCUUGACCAACAAACGUUCAAAUUCUUGAAUUUCUAACGUGUAUUUAAUCAUGUUCUGUAAGCAUGCAAAAGCUGUAGAUAACAACAUGUAAGUGAUGUUUAGGCACAGUUACACAGCAAAAGUGCAUCUGCUCGUUGCUAACAUUAUCUUUAACUCCUGUAGAUCUUAGAUUUAUGUACACACGUGAAGGAAGAACGUGAAGAUAAGUUGGAAAAAGUAUUAUUUUUGAGUGGAAGAAAUGAUGUAAGAAUAAAUUUUUGUUUACUAAAUUACAGAAAGGAAAUACAGGUGUUGGCAAAAUUCCUGCAAUUUGGACAAUUUUGAAAUUUAUUCACGUAGAAGUAACUGAUGAAAAUAUCUGCCUUAGGAUGGAACAAAAAAUCAAAUUAUAUCCCAAAUCAGGUACCAAGUUACAUGUAGUAUUUGAAAAAUAUUUUUUCUUUUACAACUGUGUCAUUUUGUUAUUUUCUUUUACUGAUAUUAUGAAUGAGUCAGUGAUUAUGUUACAAAUUAUGGCACUGAGUACACUGGGACUUAUCUUGCGAAAAGUCAGGAGUCUCCGUCCAGGACCAAUAUUUCCCACUUCAAAAAGUCUUACAAUUACCGUAUUUAUUCGAAUAAGCGCCCAACCUCGAAUUAGCGCCCACCUCGAAUAAGCGCCCAUCCUAAAGGCAGAAAAAGUUAAUAAGCGCCCAGCCUCGAAUAAGCGCCCACCCCUCCUCCUCCCAAUCAGACUCAAAUAAGCGCUCACCCCCAACCCACCCACUUAAGUGAAUAAGUUCCAAUAAGAGACUUCCCCGAGGACAGAGUUUUCUUCAGAGUAUUUUACAGAAACCUUGCUUUGUUACUUCUUCGCGAAUUGUUAUUAGCAUUUAUUGUUUUGUUGCAAAAUAAACCUACUUCAUUUGCUGAAAAUGGUGAAAAUUUAAUAAGCGCCCAGCCUCGAAUAAGCGCCCACCUCGAAUAAGCGCCCACUCUCAAGGUCCAAAAAUUUAAUAAGCGCCCAGGGCGGUUAAUCGAAUAAAUACGGUAAUUGAAAAUGCUUGGGCCUUAAUGUAACCAGACAGUUAACGUGAAGACAUAUGCCAAAACUUUUAAUACAGUUUACCAAAAUUAAAAUAUACUCCUUCUAUUUUAAAGCACCAAAAAGACUAAAAGAAAUAUGCAUCAUUAAACAACAGCCACAAUAACAGCCACCGAAAUCGCAUGAACAGCGCACCGUACAAAAGUGUCUUAAGAUCGGUAGAUUGGAUGCGUGCUGUUGAUUAUUUUGUGUCUUUUAGGAUUUUUAUGCAUCAGGAGGGGGAGUUGGGGUCUAUUUUAAAACAAACAAACUACUAAAAAAAAUCACCCAAAACCGAGACCCGCAAUAGAUUUUGAUCAAAACCGAAAACCGAAUACAAAACCAUCAAAAGUUUUCAAAAACCUAAUUGAUCUGAAAUGUUGGCGAUGUGUAGAACAUGUGGAGUACAAUAUCACAUCAGUCUUCCCUUGUAGAAUCAGACACUAUGUAGAAUCUAUGCAAAAGCUAUGUCACAAAGCUAUAUAAAACCUAUGUUAAUGAGUCAUACAUUGCUUUAACCAGUAGCCUGAGUAUCAGGCCUUCCUAAGGGGCUACGGGAGAGGAGAGUUUAGACGGGGGAGGGGGGAGGGGGAGAAGAGAAAGGAAGGCCUGACACAAAACCAUUCAGCAAAUCGAGUGACACAUCCAAAAUCUGGAUGUGGAAGUGAUUGGAUAACACACAAUACCCCAUGACGUCACCGACCGCAAGUAAAUACGAUCAGAGCGAUCGGCAAGGAGAAGCCAUUGAAAUUUUAUAUAGGUGUUUUGAUUUCAUGUGGUACUUUUAUGGGCAGAGAGACGCAGAAAGGAAUUCACAAAGGUUCUAGAGAGCGCUUUAAAGUUCUUUCCUGGAAUAAAAAUAAGCCCCGAACAAGAAUUGUGUUUUCAAAGCCUCGUAAUUAAAAGGAAAUAUGUUCUCGGAGUAUGAAAAAGCUUCAUAUACCAGCUUCUGCGUCAACUAUGUUCGAGUAUUGGUUUCACAAGACCGGGACAAAGGACACGAUAUCAGUGCUUCAGAUAGCUAAGUUCUGAUUUACAACAUCCUGCCGUUAAAAGGGUAUUGUUACUGUAAGAGCGUGGUAGCCACGUAUGGAAAAUAACCAACAUCACCAAGGCUAACUUUGGCUUGACUUUGUGACUUUGCUUGUGGCGGUUACGAUAAUUACGAUAGUGUACGUGAUUGGAAUUCGUUCUUUCAAAAUUUUUUUCACUUUUGAAACGUCUUAAGCUCAAGCGGGCGCCAUCAUAUUUCGCCAACGGGAUUGACCUUUGCUAUAACAGCUUUCACAAGCUCUCUGUGAAGUGGUGGAAUUUGCUGCUGCUUCAUAAUUUUCUAAGCAUAGGUCUUUCACCAUCGCACCUUCCUAUUUAUUCUUGCAGCUCCUUUCAGCCACCCGAGAAUAUGAGGGAUAACCAACAAAACCUUAAGAAAAAAAUAGAUUUUCCCUCGGACGAUUCUCGGCCUGAUCUACAUUAGCUUUUCAGCUGCCAGACUCUCAGGAACCGGCUUACUAAUGAGCGCCUGUUGUAACUUUGUAAACAAAAGCAAUUUUCAAUUUUCCGGCACACGUUUAUUUACAAACAGAGCAUUGGCAAUCUUACACUAGCACAAUUCCUAAAACAUGUUAUAAUUCUUCAAAAACGGCAGAUUUUCCAUUACAAGUAUUCAAAAUCUCCUUAUUGGAGGUUUCAGAAAAAAGCGAAAUCGUAGCAACACAAGCGCCGGAGCUCGGCCAGACCGUAAGGUGAGAUUUAUUUUAGGCGAGCUUUUUGACACUUGAAGCUGACAACCCAAUGACUGGAAGUGAUUUUGAUUGGAUGGUAUCGAAUCCAGCUGUGUAGGGGUGGAAGGCUCCAGUAAAAGCAUCUGUGUCAGGCGUUUCUCUCGUUCCGCUCUCUCCCUUUUUCGCUUCCAUCUCUCCCCUUUUCCCCGGAAAUGCCUGAUACUCAGGCUAUUUAACCAGAUCCUAUGUUGUUUCUAUGCCAGGACUAAUUUUUUUUGUAUCGAAAAGGCUAUGUUUUCACUAGUCAAAUGGAACCUACUUAAGAGCUAUGCAGUUUUUAAAAGGAGGAAGAAAGGAAGAAAUGACAUAGUUUCCACAUAGCCCAUACAUACAAUUUACUUAGCUUUUGGAAAGAGAUUUUAGACCUCAUAGUCAACCUUAUAGAAAAAUCAUAGAAAAUAAAUAGCCUUCACAUAGGCCUGAAAUAGAGUUUACAUAGUAAAAUGGAACAGGGAACAGUUUAUUAAAUAGCUUUUGAAUAGGGUUUGCUUAGAAUUUAAAUAGCCUAGGAAUAAAAACAUAUGAUAAGCAUAGCCUUCACUUAAAGUUGACAUAUAUUUUGUGUAGCAUUAAAAUAGGAAAAACACAGAACAAAUAGUCUUUGCAUAGGUUUAAAAUAGGAUUUUAAUAGUAUUGGAGUAAGGAAAACAUAUCACAUACAUAGCCUUUAACUAAAGUUCAAAUAGGACUUACAUAGAGAUGACAUAGUCUUUUAUAAUGUAUGUAGGUUUGGAUUUGCUCAAGCAAAUGUAGGUUUAAAGUACGGUCAUAAUAUUAUAAUCACCAGAAUAGAAAAAAUAUUAUAAAAACUGUGACACACUGGUAAGAAAUAGGUUUUGACUUGCAAAACCAAUGAAAAAAUAUGCAACACAAUUGCAAAUACAGUAUUUUCAAGCAGCAGUUUCAGAGAAUCAAAACCUCAGGUUAAAGUUUGCUUAAUUUGCUUAUCAUGUUGACUCUUAGCUGAUGUCGUGCUUGUCAGUGCCAUACAGUUUGCUUGUGACUGCAACGAAUUAGUACCUGGAAACAGAAAAGUGGAGAUUUUAGGGCAAAUAAACAUAAAAACAACCUUAUUUUGUUAUAACUGAAACGAACGAGUGUGAAAGCAUGAUCGAAUGGUGACCGAUCCAACUUGUUCAGAUACACGAAAAGGGGAGAAAACACAAGCAAAUCGAAACUUAAAUUGAGCGAAACAUCACUUACCCAAGUCAGGAAUACUUAUUGUUGAACCUGGCAGAAAAAAGUCUUUAAACUGAAGUAGAAAGAAGCGUCUCCUCUUAAACGCACGCUUGGCAGUUUGUCAAUUGCACCCGUGGAAUCAGACAAUUUUCGCACCUUUUCGUUGGUUGAAAAGGCCCACGUGACAAUAAAACGCAAAAUACACAUGUGUUGAACUCACGGGCUUCCCUGGGAACUAAUGGAAACAAAAUGGUGGACAAACACCGAGGACUGGACCUAGCGUUUCGCAGUUUUGAGCAGUUUUAUUCAAGAGUCAUCUACAAUCAAGAUGAAGGAUCGAAGCUAAUAUAAGAGGAGAAAAGGAUGCAUGGAAGUACCAUUUCAAGUGAAGAAACACUAGGGAAAAGCUAGAAAGGAAAGUUAAGGCAGGAAUGAUGGAUGCAGAGAAUGCUUAACAAAAAAUUUAUAAUCUUCUCACUAAGAAACUAUCUGCAAGUGCAAAAAAAUUAUGGUGUAUGAUUUUUAAGCUUUUUAGUUUUAAAUGCUGCUUUUAACAUUUGAUGUACGUGCUUUUUGUAAGCGCUAUUUAACCUGCACUGGAAUAUCACAUAGGAAACGCAUAGACUACAUUAUUUUUCAUGAGUGACAUACCGGUAGGAAAAAAUACGUUUAUGUAAAAGCUAUGUGGCCUUUAUGUUAUGAUAAAAAUAAAUUAAAUGUCAGACAGUAAAAACAUAGGCUGCAAAUAUGUUUCAUUCACAUAGCAUAGAAUAAUACAUAGCACGAUGUAAAAGCUAAAAAUAUCGUUGGAAAUAAAAGUGAGCAUCGAGAUGCUAUGUAACAGCUAUUUUACUUUGAUGUUUAGUGAAUACAUAGGAUGCAAAUUGGAAGGGAAAGCAGAACUUUCUAUUGCAUAGUAAAUACAUAGCUAUGUCAAGACUAUGAAAAGAUUUUGAAUAGUAUUUGCAUAGGUAUUAAAAAGCUAUGUACUUUUCAAAUAGCCUAAACAUAGUUUCAACAUAGAUUUUUCAUACUUUGGACUAUGUUAUGUGGUAUGUUACAUAGUUAAUACAUAGGCAGUAGUGAACAUAACAUAGCUGAAACAUAGUCCAACAUAGUAAAUCAAUAGCAUGAGCAUAGUUUUUGCAUUUGUCUGGUUCUACAAGGGUUCAUACUAAAUAUUAAUACAUGUAUCAUCACAGUAUCAGUACUAUGUGAUGUUAGGCUCAGCACACAAAAAAAACAGAAAACCAGAUCGAACACCAAAUCCGAAAAACCACUUGAAUGAGUUUUGCCAAAUACUGAAGACCAAUGCUGAAAAACCGUAAAACCGCAAACAGCAAUGGACAGUAAAACUGUAAUUAACCAAAGUUUUUCAAUGCAAAACCUGAAAAUCGACCUUAAGAUGGCCAAAACUGAAAAAUCAAAAAUCCCAAUGCUCCCCUCCAUCAGGGACUUAGAACACAGAGGUACGAAAAUCACUGAUGGCUACUUCAGGAAAAGAAGAAAUACACUGUAAGAGGUUAUCAAACUGCUUGCACUUUAGUUAGCAUUUUUCUAAUACAGCCCAACCUUUUCUUUAUGGUCACCUUCCUAUAAGGACAUUAAACAGGGACGUAAUAAGCUGUGCAACACUUAAGUGUACUAGAUGGAUCAGUAUAAGAUUCUGGGCACACCUUAUACCCCCAUCCCCUAACAAAAUAGUGUUCACACUAACCUGUUACAUGUUCUUAGGCUAAAAUGGUGGGAUUAGCAGAGGGGUGGUUGUCAGAAAUCUGUACACUGACCCAAAAAUCUCGGGCCCCUGCCCCUUUUUUAGUGACAGUCCUGUUACAGGGAAAUUUCCAGAUGUUUCGAUAUUGUACUCAAAACAGCGAAACAUAAUUUAGGGUUAGGUGUGUUACUUUAUAUUGUAAGGGAGAUGUUUGUAAUCAUAUUGAAAGUCCUUGAAAACCCUUGAAAUUCCGGAGUCCAAUAUUAUUUCAAGGCCUUGAAAGUACUUGAAAUAAUUAUUGGUUUUUGGUUCUUGCAAGUCCUUCAUUUUUGAUGCUUUAAUAUUUGCUAAGUUUUAUCAUUGUGGUGUGACUGCGUGUAUAUCGUUCAUCACGUUGAAAAAAAUUCUUUCAUUAGCUGCUCUUUUAAAUUGUCAUUGUGUUAUUUACAUGCAUGUACAUUAAUUUUAACUACAGGGUUCACAUAACAACAACAACAACAACAACAAAUUUUAUUGAAAAUUGGAAAAUAACUAACUACAUUACUUUCCCACCCGCAAAUAGCUUAUGAACUAAUCGAGGCGGGGGGAGCUGAAGACAUAUUACAAAACAAGAUUUAUAUAUAGCACCUUGAAAGUCCUUGAAUUUUAAAAUAAAAAUUCAAGGCCUAAUAAAUGUCCAUGAAAAUUGCAGUUGUUGCUGGAAAGUCCUUGAAUUUUGUUGUUAACUUUAUCCAACUCAGCAAACACAGAAAGACCUUCAGGAUAAUAUUGCUCAUGUUGUUGAAGAAGUAAGAAAGGCAUAGACUAAAGGCUGUUUUUUUGCACUGAAUUGAGUCCUUGAAAAUAAUAGGAAAUGUGUCCUUGAAAGUCCUUGAAUAGUCGUUGAAUUUUUUGUUCAAAACAGGGUACAAACCCUGUUACCAUUAAAUGGCAGCACUAAACUUCCCAAUACUCAAGGGGUUUACAAUCAUUAUGGAAGGCCUGCUUUCAAGGCGGGUUCGGAGCAUUUCAGAUGAACGUGAAUGUAAUUGCACUUAUCAAUUUAAACCCUGUUGGGAGGAUGGACAAAGGGUGGGGAAGAGACUUUUUCCGGGGAAAUGUAACUGUUUAAGCAGUAUAACAGAAAUGCUAACCUGGAGUGACUGUCUUUUUGCAAUGUGUCUUACUGCCCCACCAUUACAGGGUUCACACAGUCUUGAAAAGUCCUUGAAUUUAAGGGGAAGUCCUUGAAAAGUCCUUGAAUCCCAUUUUUCCUUGAAAAGUCCUUGAGUUUUCUUCAACUUUGAAUGUAGUGGCCUGGAAAGUAGUUUCUGAUGCUUUUUGGUUGUCCAAGACAGAAUAUAAAUCGUAGCUCAGAGAAUUUAACGGUUAUUUACACAAAGUGCUCAAUGUUUUAUGCAAUAUAUAAUUAAUUAUAUACAUUUAAGACAAGUGAACUGAAAAAUGAUGGUGAAGCAAACAGUUCAAGCCUUAAAGCCUUAUUAGAAUAGACUGGGAAUCUGCAUUUUUGAACAAUCUGUGAAAUUAUAUUCCUAGUAGGUGGUCCUUGAAAAGUCCUUGAAAAAUGGUUGAAAUGUUUUGUAUGAACCCUGUAUAAUACAACCAGCAAUGCAAACCCUGUCUGGGAGAGAAUGCACUUACGUAUAUCUGUGUAAACCAGGGCCGCAUUGCUAUGAGCCCAAUUAAAAAUGAUCAGUAACUUUAUUAACCCUUUGGUGACAGCCAGCGAGUAGCGAAAAAAAACACAUUUUUCACCAAUUCCUCUUCUAGAGACUGGUUUUUAGCUAAUUAGCAUAAAAAGGGCUAAAAAUGGGUUUUGCAAGAAAAAAAGGCAUAUUUUUCGAGUAAUCUGACGUAAUCUGUUUUUCACGCAUGCGCAAAAGCCAAAAUUUGGUCCUUUUUUUGCGAAUCUAUUUCGAUCUUUCUCUCUCGCUCUAUUAAUUUUUCCUUUCCUUUUCUUGUUUAUUAGCAGUUUUGUUGCCCUCUUUAUCGUCCUUCUUUUGCAUGGAGUUGUGGCUGGCUAACUUGUUAGGAAAGGGGCAAAUUUAAUCUUCAAAGAGUAGUAUGUAUAAACAGCGAAAUUGGCAGUGGAUUUUUUCCCCAAAAUGUUACCUUUUUUAUGAGUGUAACGCUGACAGGAUUGGUCAGGAUAUCCAGUUGAGGUAUUGCUGGAAAUAAGGUCUAUCUUUGAAGAAGUUGAUGUUUAUCAAUUUAUACCCUGUGAGCAGAGGCCCUUCGAUCUUCCUAGAUCAACCUCAUCCCCAGGGCUUUUCCCUCAAAAAAUGGGUGGGGCGGGAAAAGGCCCUGGCAUCGGCUGGUCACGUGUCCCCUCGUACACCCUAAAAUCCUGGGUGUAAUAAAUUAGCGCUUUAUGAAAAGCUAAAAUUAUGCGUAACCUCACAGCGCGCGAUCUUGGGCGGCCUUUUAUAUCUCUUGACGAUUAACGAAAAGUUUUACAAGAUUUCUUUUUUGUCACAGAUACUGGCUAUGGUAAUUUUUUGCUUUCCUCCGAUUUCUAUGAAGGGGAGAGCGAGCGGUAACAUUUGUAAAACUUCCUUUAUAGAGCGAUAUAAAUGACAAACAAGCUAUCGUACAUGCUUAAAGUUUGUACUGGAAAAGUCCGUUUUCUCAACUCUUUUGAUAUUUUAUUUUAUUUCUUGCGAAGUGGGACCGUACACAACCUAGUUCUAUUCACCUUAACUCUCAGCCAUAUCAUAGCGUCACGCGUUGGUUUAGACUUAUCUUGUAUGACCUGUAUUUUUAAAAAUUCAUUGACCUCUGCGAGACUUGACCGAAACCGAAACCGGGCAUGAAAAGUUUCUGGCACCCAGGGUAUCAAGCGACUGGUAACAAAGAAAGACUUGGGCCCAUUUAAAAUUGACAGAGCUGUAGUUGAUUCCAAUCGAUCGGUCAAUCUUCCCUUUGAUAUAAGGAAAAUCCUUUGUACUUAUCCUCGGAAGAGAAAAGAUAUAAGAGAUCUUAAAAUGUUUCAGAUCGGCGACCUGUCAUCGUUCCUGGCUCGAGGGCUGACUUGCAUCCGCGCGGAGAUUUGUUUGUUUCAUGGUCGGGUUGUAGAGAAGACCAGACUCCAUAAAGUAUUUUGAUGAACAAUUCUAAGUCCAAUUUGUUUAAACUCACUGCAGAUCCUAGAGGCAAAGGCCCGCAUUUUUGUUUGACAUUGGACAAAAUCACUUUCUGCUUGAUCAAGUAAUUCCACAGUCACGAUGAAUUUCAGUCAAGUACUACUCGAUAACAGCUUGUCUCAACUCUGAAGCAUUUGACAUAUUUUAUGCGUGACAACGUAGAGCGGUACUUGUAGCAUUUGAAUAAUACGCAAUUAAAUGGAUCUUAAGCUUUUGAAUCGCACAGACGCGAAAAUAUUGACAUACAGUUCGCGAUAUUAUUAUUUUCCAUUGUUGCUCCGUUCGACUUCUGUCAGCGGAAAACCAGCGGGUUGCAUAUAAAUUAGCUUCUCAAGAAUAUUUAGGCUGUGCACGUGACCAGCCGAUGCCAGGGCCUUUUCCCGGCCCCACCCAUUUUUUGAGGGAAAAGCCCUGGGGACGAGGUUGCUUCCUAGAUAACUAGGGAAGGGUCAAGAAACGUUACAUGGCGAGGCAAAACCGGAACAAUACUCAAGCCUCGAACGAAUCAAGUUUCGAAACCCGAAAAACGAGUCUUGAGUCUCCAGAAACCAGCAUUUUUUACCUUCACCACUCGAAAGGAUUUCGAGGGACGAUUUAUUUCUUGAGAAACAUAACAGUGACCACUCUCACGUACAGCAAAAGCACCGACCAACAGCACUUGUGUGUUGUUUUUAGGUGAUAAAAAAGGACCAACAAAAGGUUUUUAUCUGGAAGUUUGGAAAUUAAGUCAGUAUUUUUGUAUCAAGUCUAUCUUUUGAACUAUAUCAACUUCGAACUGUUUAUAUAUUUGUGAAGGUUUGUAUUUACGUGCAUCGCAUGCGACUGCGUGAAUUAAAAAGAGAUUGAAAUAUGAUCUUGAAUAGCCUAUUUCAAGAACUGGAAUGUUUUUGCCAGUUUUUCAAAAGUUACCACAAAACGUACAGCAAAAAGUAGGGAGGCGUAUAGAUACUUGUAACACUGAAUAAAAUAAUGACUAGUAAUUAGUUGACACUAACAGCUGCCCCCGUUUUGUAUAUUGCUGGUCAAUAGUAUUCUUGCUCGUUGUGUAGCUCUUUGCAUUGAAAUAUACCGAUUCAUAAUGAAGAUUUUCACACAUAAUCCAUACAAUAGGUGAGAUACACUGAAAAUACAGGAAACACAAGGUUCCAUGCACAGUUUCAGCUCGAUUUACACAGCUUUGAUCAAAACAUUCUCAGUUACAAGAGUAGUUUAUUCUAAACCAUAAGAAAAGAUUUAAUUAGAAGUUGAAUUUUUCGCUAUUUCUCUUUCACUUUUUACAUUCAGUUCAUUUUAUUUGCCGGAAAGUAAGCCUUAGAAAUUAAAAGGACGUCUGAUCGAUUCACGCUCGCGCAUUCUAGUCUUAUUUGAAAUUUUAUAACGGAAGGACAUCUGUCAGCAGGCAAUAAGUCAGCACAGAGUUUGAUUGUCGGCGAAUUUCUGUAAUCGUCCAUCGUUCUGCUAGUGAUAAGCUAGCCGUUGUUCACUCGUCUUUUUUGUUUGGGACUGAGUCUUAUUCCGAUCAAAGAAAGAGAAAAAGUUUCUGGCAAGGUUUCCAAUAUGCUGUAAGUCAAAGAUUUGUGAACUCAUGUCUGGCAAACUCUCCAAGUGUAUAUAUAAUUAUACACAGUUAAACACACCUUAUAACCUCAUCUGCACUUAACGAGUGUCUUUUGGUCCAUAACUUUCAAAACAACUGCUCCACAUUAUGUCACUCUGUAUCGCAAAAGAGUAUCGAAGUAUGACUGCACAGUAAAUGUCACAACAUCUACCUGAGCAGUCCCUUUGGGAUUUUCUGUCUUUACGUCAUUAUAAUUUGUUCAUAAUGCCUAAUUUUCAUUACUGUUCAUCCAUAUGGCAUUACUCUUUAAAGUCUGAUAGUAAAAAACUGGAUGGUUGCAUGAACGAGCACUUUGUUACUUGUACAGUGACUAGUCUUCACAAACUAGCACUCUUUGUGAUCGUAUUGGUUACAGUCUUGUGGAUUGAUGUAUCCAGAACUUGUUAAUUAUUGUAUUUAAGACAAUUUACAAUUAUCCACCUGAAUAUCUGAGAGACCUAUUUAGGUUAAGAGACAACAUCAAAAACCUGAGAGGGGUUAACAAGCUACAAGUACCGAAACUAGCUAAUACAACUCCUUAUGGCAAGAACUCAGUAAAGUACUAGGUGGCUAUUACUUGGAACAAGAUUUCUGAUACCUUAAGAUGCCUAAGCUCAUUGUCAGCCUUUAAAAAAGCAGUCCGACAGCUAAGGUUUUAGCUAAUUUUAUAUAAUAUCUAUGUUCUAUUAAGUAAUUGGGCUUUUUAUUGUAAAUAGCUAUGUCACGUAAUUUUUAGGCUUUAUACUGUAAAAUAAGUUUUUUAAUUUCCCUUUCUUUCUCUAUUAUUUUAUUUAUUAUAAUUGUUUUGUCUUCUUUACUUUUUUUUUCUCUUGGCUUAUUAGCAUAUUUUUUGCUAGAGGUCUAACCAACCUCAUCAAACCCGAGACUAAAUAAAGCUUCAUUCAUUCAUUUAGAUGUUAAUUUGCCUUGACAGCAGGAUUAGCUUAAAGUUGCCAACACUGACAAGUCGUGACAAGUCGUCAUUUCUACAUGUAUGAUAACUGUUCGCCUAACUUUUGUGUUAUUUUGGGUCAGGAAUUUAUUCCCAUUUGGCAUGAAGAAGACAGACUCUUCUGGACAUUUCAUAGCGAAGGGAUGACAUAAAACCAUUUGUUCGUAUUGUUUUCAAAACCAGAUGCUUUUGAUGUAGCCUCAGCCGGGGAAUUUUGUUAAUUUCAGAAUUAAGUCUUGUGAGUUUUGAAUUAAAUGGCACGGUUUCUGCUACAAAGACACAGAAAGACGACCAGUGUGAGAAAUUUCUGGCUAUUUAUCUGGAGGUUUAAUCGUUUUAAUCAGUUUUGAAGAGAGCAUGCUUGCCAGUUAGUUUGGGAAAAUGUUCCAGCUGUGCAUGUUGGCCAAUUUUAUUUGGCAAAAUGUCCUUUUAACUGUAUUAUAAUCACUGUUUCGAAACAAGAUGUUUGUAAACACGUAAAGUCAAUGCUUAAUGUGUCUGGCAUGUUUUUCAUCACAAGCGGAGUUUGUUAAUUAAUGAAUACAGUGAAACCUUUAUUAAGUGGACCCCAAUUAAGCGAACACCCUCUAUUAAAGGGAUACUCUGUUCGUAAAAGCAACUUUUGCUCAAAAGAUAGUAUUUGCACUAUUAUAACAGGAAAAUAACAAAAAAAACAAUUGAAAAGCAAACGUAAAAGCCCGAAAAUCGUUGGAGAAAUGAAAAAUUUCUCCCCUUUAAGAACAGGAAGUGAAAUCACUCAUUUGUUAGGGCAUGUGACCAUGACGUAGAAAGAAGAAUCUUUUUAGUGUGACUAAAGAGAUUAUAGAUUCUGAGGAUAGUUCUUCCCUUUCUUCUUGUCCUUCAAACAAAAGUAUAAUUAAUGACAAUUCAAGUUUAUCAGAGGGUGAAGGAGCACAGACUUGUUUGUUUGAGUCUUAUGACAGCAAGUUAACUAAACUCAGAUACUGACUCAACAUGCGAGUCCGAUGUGGAGCAACACGAGAAAUUGCAUUGAAAAUUCUGUUCAUUACUGAUUGACGGUAUGAUUACAUUUUCGAUAAAAUAAAAUAAUUCUAGCUGUUAAUUACUCUUCUGAUGGAAUGGCAAUGUGUUCUUUGAGCAUUAUUUUGAUCUAAAGCCGCGUAAUAACUAUGUGAGCUGUGUUAUGUGUUCAAGGCAAUAUUAUUUUCCCGGGAAAUUCAGAAAAUCAUGUUAUAAACGUAUGCUUGUGUAAAGGUUGUAUACCUAAGAAAAAGUGACCAACGUCACAAUUGUGGAUGUAAAUGUGGAUUUUGUCAAUGCCUGAAUUGAUUCCAAGAGCUUGUCUGCUGCUCACAGUUUGGCUGUGUGCCUUGGCCGCUUAAAACACAGGCGGCCCAGACGUAGUAUGUGUCACUGAAUGAAUAUAUUAAUAUCCACAUGGACAAAUUAAUUUGAUGAGUCGUCGAAACUCCUAUGGACUAAAAUAGUCUAAAAGUCAAAAUAUAACAAAACAAAGCUAAGAUACCUUCAACUGAACGUACCCUUGUCUUUCCUGGCCGGCUUAAGUGGCAUUUUGUUGAGUUUUGAAAUUGUAGGUACUAUCCACUAAAGAAGAAUUAAAGGCUGGCUACAAAACAAACAGACCAUCCCCACGCGCCUUCACAUGAAGCGCUAUAAAUUCGAGAAUAAUCGACGAAUCCGCUCCAAAUAACCAUCGGCCAAUCUGCAGGUAACGUGUGCUCCUGCUUCUGGCUCGCUUGCUCCACAAAACCCAUCGCAACUGCACAAUAAUUGCUCGCUCAUCAACAACCACUGUUGACCUUUACGCUUCGAUAUGACCGCAAACGACCAGGUUUAAUACGUGACGUGAAUAUUCAAGCUUAGCGACAGGGGGUUCUUUAGAUGGCCUGAUAUCAAUGCAAACAGCACCUACCGUGACUCCUACGAAGGCCCCGUACUUAGCUUAAAGGCAGUUGGCGAGGUGGUGCUAGGCAGUUAGCCGUGAAAAGUUCGCAUUGUCCUGUCAUCUUGAGCGGUCCCUUGUGUGCUGUUUGCAGUCGGUUGAGGCUCACUUCCCUCCCCCAGGCAAUGAACAUGACUUUGUGUUCAAGAGUUUUUGCCUUGCAGACGAAUAAUGUAAACACAGACUACACAGAAUUUUAACAUGUAUUUGCCAUGUAAAGCAAAAGCAAAUAAUUAUUUAAUUUUUUGGUGAUUUGCCUUUAUCUUGAGUAUUCUGAGACGUUUCAGCGGUAUCCAUUUCACUCCUUAGCUUUGUUGUUGUUGGUAACCGACGCUUAAAAAUUGUCGGAACAUCAUCAGCUUUUAUUAUUGGUUUCAUCUUUAUGCCAAAGGACUCUAGCUAUCGCUGUUUGCGCUUCAAAGUAGUCUUCAGUAAAAUAAGCGCUGCUAGGUCUAAUUAUAUUCGUAGACUUGCCCAGUGUUUUCCACGGUGUUCGUCCAAAGCCUGGCAUAUCAGGGAUCAUCGGGCCAAUGAUAGACUUACUCCAUCUUUGCAAGUGUUGAAAGAUUCAACAGCAAUGCAGCAGUGUGGCAUUAUAGAAUUCUCCCUGAAAUAUCAGCCAUAAAUACCUCUUAUUAGCCGAGUUUUUGGUCUGUAUGGCCGUAAAUUACAGACCAAGUUUUUUGCCAUCGAUUGAUGGCCCGCACGCUUCGCGCAAGUCACAGUGAUGUUGGUACAGUCCCUCUAUUUUUCUUGCCUCCUCCCAAACUGUCCCCGGCCCCCUAAGUAGAUUUGACACUCAUCUAAAGUCUUUGAUCUCAAUGGUCUUACGGAAAAAUAGGGGCCUGUGAACAGUCUAGAGAGAGUGCGGAAGAAGGGUUGGAAAGGAGAACUUUUGUGAAAAGUAUAACUGUCACAGAGAUGCUGACCCCUGGAGAUGGAUUUCUGAAGACUGCAGUCUGCCCUUACACCCUGUAUCCAGUCCUGCUCCAUCCCCAAUACACUUAGCAGUGUAAACCCUCUUUGGGAGUGAGUGCAUCAUCAAUGUUAUCCCUGUGGGGUGGGAGUAUGUACAAAGGGUUGGGAGGAGAGCUUUCUUGGAAAAUACAGUAAAAACCUGUGACUAUAAAGAACCUUCAUUUUCCCAAGUUAGCCUAAACAUUUUGUUAGCACAGAUUGAGGCUAUUUACUAGGUUCCUAAAUACAUUGUAGCUAACAGUACAUGUGAUUUAGUGGUAUUCAGCUCUUUUGUUAUGUAAAGCUUGUAUACCACCACAAUUACAGUUGGAGUAAUAAGGCACAUAGGUCUCUAAAGAGGAUCCUGAAUAUUGACUUACCUUAUUUGCCUAAUGUACGAAAUUCUUUUUGUAGAUUUAAGAAAAAAAAUGGUUUUGAAUUUUACGCUAAACAGGUUCCUGUAUAGAGGGCACCUUACUGCCAAAUUUAACCUGGUCAUGGAUUCUUACUAACUAUAAAUAUAGAAAAGAGAUGCUAACCUCUGGAGUUGGAACAUACUGAAGACUAUAGUUUUUUGCAAUGUGCCCUCCCACCCUGUCUCCACUCGCCUCAUCCCCCAUACACCUAAAUGUACACUGUAACAAUGCAAAGAGAGAGAGUAUAUACUGUAUUAAUGUAAACCCUGUGGUAGGUGGGAGUGUGCAUAAAGGUUGGGGAAGAAAACUUUCUUGGAAAAUUAAAUAUGACUUUAUAACAGAGAAUGCUAGCCCCCAGAGAACUAAAAUCUGAAGACUGUCUUUUUGUAAAUGCGUCCUCCCACCACCAUCCUUCCCAGUAUUCACCCUCCCAAUUCCCAUAUGCAGAAACUGGUCCAGUUCCCAAGUAAAUAUUAAUCAUUUUUUUAGCUCAUAAGACUUGGGUAUCACUACACCUUCUGUAUGACUAACUUGUACAUGUAUUAUUAAUUUAUACUCACUUUUUAUCGAAAGCAUGUUAAUAAGAUAGGGCUAUAUUUUUCAAUUUUCUCAAUAAUGUCAAAAUAGUUACUCCCUUAUUCUGGCACAAAAUUUCAGUGUUAAUGUUUAAUUUCAUGUGUGAAAUUACAAAAAUAAUUGCCAUGGCAAUGUUCUGCACUUCGGGCUGCCAAGUUGGCAACAAAGUUUUAAAAUGUAUGAAUGAAGGUGUCACGGCAUUAAAAGACACUUUAGAAAAUCUGAACACACAAAAGAGCACAUCAAGCAGGAUUCUAACGGGUACAUUUAUUUUGUCAAAAAAUUCAGAAACUUGUGAUCUCUUAAUACAAAAUCUAUGCACUAAACUUUUCAGUGGAAGGAGUUCUUGGUCCAAUGAACAAGUGCUUGAAAAAGCCACGAUUGUGAGUGAAUUGUGAGCUUAACUUUUCUGCACCCAUGACACUAUAAUAGGUAAUCAAAUGGCUACACUGUACUUGUGAAAACAGGGAAUAAUUUCACUUGUAUUUUGUCCAAAUCGUAAUAAGUUCCCUUACCUAAAGGCUUGGGAAAUUAUUAGAACUUGGGCAAAAGGCAUACAAAAUUAUUCCCUACUGUAAUUUCACUUGUGACCAUUUGAUAACAGUUACCAAUACUGUUGAGUAGAUGUUACUUUCUACAUUAAUUGUACUAGCCCAAUACUGUCAUUUUGUUAUGUUUCAGUGCCUCCAAGAUUAACAGUCACCCCUGAAAGGCAGCCAAGAAAAUCUCUUGGAACAAACUAUACAUUGACAUGCAAUGCAUCUGGUGACCCCACCCCCAAUAUCACUUGGACAAAAGGGGGUUUAACAGCAGCACAGUUUAAUGUCUCUGGUCAUAACUUAUAUCUUGUUGACAUAAAAGUAGAGGAUGUGGGAUCAUACAAUUGUACUGCUGAUAAUGGAUAUGGCACUCCUGCUACAAGCCUCGCUGUUCUUGAUGUAAUAUGUAUGUAUGAAAUUAAUUCAUCUUAAGAGUAUGCUCUUUGAUUUUCUUGUACAUGUAGUUCCAGGAUUUUAUAAACAGUAUUUAAGUGUAAGGACACUACUUUCUUUGAGUCCUUGUACUGCAUGUAGCUUAGACCUAAAAUUGUGCUCAGUUUAAACGUUUUAACUCAGUAUAGUCCCUGGGCUAUCCAAAAAGCAUAACUUACAUUGUACAUGUAAAUAUGACCAAAAUCUCUUAAGGUACUUCCCUACUGCGCAUGACAUUGUCAUUUAUGAAAUCAAAGGUGGCGGUGAUUUUCACCUCUCUCUAGUUAUCUCUGCGGGACUAAUUUCGUAUGGCUUGUUGAGCUAUAUGGAUUGGGAGAUCAUAAACUUUACAAAGUUCUCAUUGAACACCCUGGCCAGGCCAAUGACUGUGUCAAAUUGCCUGUUUUAAUUUGUUACCUCUUUGGGCAAGUUUGCUGCAGCUACAUACUGUGUGUUCUGUUCUACACUCUCUUGGUAUUUUCCACACAUUCUGCACAAUGCUGACACUCUUAUGUUCAAUAUUUGCCUAAUCACAUUUGUCCUCAAUGCCUGAUCUUGACAUGCCAUAAUUGGGUCUUCAGUCUCUUUCUUAAGGUCUCCCACUGCCAGCCAGCUCAAGGAUUCAUUACCAGCCACUUCUUUCUUCUGUCAUACACUGUAUGUAUUGCACAUGGAGCUCUUUCUGUGACCAGUAGUCCCUUGCUGUUUUCUCGUGCUUUCUUCUCUUAAAGUCAUUAGGAUGUUCUACUUCACUACGGUUUCUCCUUCUCCAUGCACUCUUUAGUAGUCUUUCUUUACUUUGCCUAAGAUAGUCAACAGGGCUUAGUUCCUCCAGAAUAAUACAAUCCUCCAUGCUAAUCAGCCCUCGCCCCCCUUGCUUACGACUGAGGUAUGUAACAUUUGCUCUCGGAAGGGAUAGUGAACGCCAUGUAGAGUAAGUAAUAAUUUUCUGAAUUUUUUGAAAGUGUACUUUACAAGCACAGCUCAUUAUUUUAUUAAUACCAAGGUCCAUUCCAACAUCACUGCUAAAUAUUGUGACAGUCUGCACAAGAGAGGCGACUUUUCUAUGAUUAUGAUUAUUAUUAUUAGUAGUAGUAUUAGUAUUAUCAUUAUUAUUAUUAUUAUUAUUAUUAUUAUUAUUAUUAUUAUUAUUAUUAUUAUUAGCAUACCAUGGCUAAUGUCAUUGAGCAUUGAAGGCCUUGUUUGCUGAUUAGUUUGAACCUACUGGUUUGUGUGGCAGACAAAUUUUGGAUUUUUUGUUACAGACCUAUUCUUCUACAAAAAGCUGUCAAGUUAAUUUAAUAGUACAUAAUUCUACCUCAUCAAUGAUUUUGCCUGACUUACAUGAGUUGCUAGCUCAUGUAUGCAACUGUUUCUUCUAGAUUUCCAUUUAUCACUCCAUCAGUCACUGAAAAAGCCUUCACUUUCUUGAUUGUGUUUUUUUCGAAAGGUGGAGCUAAUGAAUGUGAAACCGAAACAAUUGGAAUUACUAUAGAUGACGACCAAAAUUGGCCAUGGAAGGAUGCAUAUUCCCAGAGUAACACAAUUGAGUUUGAGAUGUUAGAAUCUAACUUGACGUCGGCAGUAAGUAACAUUGUAAAGUGUUUGUCCAGUAUUUUUAACAAAGCACUUGUGAAUGUACAAGUAACCAGGCCGUAUAAUUAUUUCUAGGCAGUAGUUUUUUACUUGCUUAUUGACAAAUGACUCCACGUAAAUGCUCAGCAAUCCUCUGGUAAGUCUUGCAAAAACAAGGUUAGCCCAUUCUCCCCCCAAACAGCCUGUAACUGCCAGUGCUGAUUCACGUCUCUUGUAUCCCUUAUGACGUAAUCAGUUUUAAUUGUCAAGGACAACUUUUUCGUCGAACUUGUACAGGGGGGAGAGGAUCUUUCAAACCAUGCCUGAGUGAGCACUAUUAAGUCAAGAAGGCCAGAAAAAAGGCAAAAAGGCAUGUAAAAUUUACCCAAAAAAUUUGAAUGGGAAUCUUGGUCCACUAGCCACGUGCACUUUCUUUCAUCAGUUCUGAUCCUACCUGUGGUAUUAAAAGCUUUCCACAAAACAUUUCCCACCGAGAUGAAGCCUGGUAAAUGCCUAUAGAUAAAGAAACAAAUGGGGCAAGAAAAGCAAAAGACGAGGGGGGGAGGGAAAGCAAAAGGUAAAAGUUAAGACUGUUAAGUCUUUUUUGAACCCAAAACGUCACUCUCUGUAAAUGCCUGAGGUUUAGAAACUGAUAUUUUGUGGAUUUUGUACGGCUUGGUCACCUUCAAAGUUCCAGUGGGUUAAACAAGGACUGUCAAAGCUGAUUGCUGAGCAAACGUCAAGAAAUCUCUCCAAUCUGUAGUGCAUAUUUAUAUACCAGAUAUUUAAUUAUAUUACAGUUGAACCACUAUUAAGCAGCCACCCUCAAAGUACUGGCAAGUGGCUGUUUAGUGGAGGUUAGCCGCUCAAAAGAGGUUCGUCAUAAAUUGGCAUAAUCUUUAGCAGAAACAUCACGUUAUUUUGAAACAAAUACCUGACGGGAACAGCAUUACUGGUCCACAAUUGGCUAUUGCCUUCUAUGUAUAAGGACUGUAUUUUCCUUCAUCAUAAUCUUGGAACAAAGCCAAACUAAGUGACUGAAGCGUGAUGGCCGCUUAUUACAUGUACAUGUUAUAGAGGCGACAACAAUGGGAGAACUCUCCUUUGGGAUGGCUAAAAGGUAGACGCUGCCACUUAAUAGAGGUUAAAGUUCCCUUUUUUUAAAAUUAUUUCGGGACUUAAUUAUCACUUUGAUUACUGGCCACUUACAGUCAAACCAGGUCAAGCGUUCCCGUCGCUAACUAACUAAUGAAUUCAUUUACGGAAAAAUGAUUUCGUUUGUUGAUUCAAUAAUCCAUUCAUAAAAUGAACAAUCCAAUAUUCAUAUUUAGCCUCGAUUCCAUAAUGGGAUGGUGAUUCGAUUACUGUUCUUUGAAAAACUACACUUUCCACAAGUUGACCUCAGAAUUUUGUUUUUUCCUCUUUUUUUCUGAGAGUCGAGUACCGGCGAGUUCUGAAGUUCAAACACAAACAAACUGUUACAUGAACGCCAGUUUGCUGCCAGUAAUCAGUGCAACACUAGGCCUGACCUCUUAGAAAACACGACGGUCAAACUGAGGUCAGUGUAUGUGCGGUGAUUGGUGAAUUUCGAUCCUCGGCCUUUGUCAGUUUCUUUGCGUUUGCGGUCUGUCUAUUCUAGCUGUUAUUUUGAUCAAAUUGCAAUGAAAAACGCAAUCGUAAACGGCAGGAAAAGGGAAGCAAAUACGAUUGAACACAACAGACAAGAAUAGAGAACAGGUAGAUUUUGUUCAUAAACCAAAUCAACAUUUGAUUAUUGAAUCAAGGUACAAUUUGACUGUUGGAUUAUUCAUUUUAUGAAUGGAUUAUAGAAUCAACAAACGAAAUCAUUUUACCAUUAAUAAAUUCAUUAGUUUGUUAGCGACGGGAACGCUUGACCAGGUUUGACUGUAAUAGGUAGCUGAUAAAUGGGAGGUUCAGCUAUAUCGCAAAUAACCUGUUUUUUGUGUACAGUGCAAUAACUUAAUGCAAUUGUUGCCAUUAGAUUGCAAGCGUAUACACCAGCAGUAAAACCAACAAACAGCUUUAUGAGCAAACAGUUCUACUAUUCAGGUAGGUCAUUAUUAUGACUUAUCAAUAUUUCUUACAUUUACUUAUAUUUCUUGCACUGUUCGCCGCUGGGGACGUGGCGAAGAGCAAGGAGAAACGGAUGUUUUCGCAGGCUAAAUGUUAGCACAACUGAAAUGAAUUAGCCUGGGAUCAGGCUCCGCAUUAGGGAAAAAGGAGAAAUAAUCGGCGUGGGCGAAUCUGGGGAGGAGAAAAGGGUGCAGCCCUUUGCCCCUUUAAAUUAAUGCAUGAAAUACCGAACCUGUUCUGGGCCAGUGAAGUUUUGAAUUGAUACUGCUUUAAGAUAAGAAUCAUACAAUCUUAGCAGUAAUAUUUAAAAUGUCAGCUGGUACAAUGAAUGUGCUGAAUAAUUAUGAUUUCAGAGAUGGUAGUAUUGUGGCUCACGUUCAACUACGUUUCAAAAAAGGAGUUAGUAGUCCAUUGCAGCCUCUGGAAGAUCAAGUGAAGACAGAAAAGCUUGGCCCAUUUAGGGUUACUGGAGGGCUCAUUCCAACUCCAAGUAUGUGUGCAAGGCGUCUUCACUGCUUUGAUACAUAUAAUUUCACUGUGAGUUGCAAAAAAAGAAAAAAAGAAACAUCGCAAAGUAUUUCAUGCUUAACUUCAUACUAAUAGUUUUGUAUUAUUGUCAUGCAAGUUUUUAAGUGACUCGUUUACUUGUUAGUAGUAACCUUUUUUGAGUAUUUUUUUAAAAACACUUACAGGUAGAAACCAGCAUUAGUUGUUUGCCAACUUGUUGCACAUGCUGCUUAUAAUUAAAACAAUUUCAAUUUGUACAUGCUAAAA